CAUCACUUGUGCAUUACAUCCACGCACACAUUGAGAUUUUUGUUGGCAGUAAGGCAUGGGGCUUCAUGUUUUUAUUCAGGAUUGUGCGAACGUCUCUCCGAUAACCGUGUACGAUGAAGACUGAGAAGAUAGUUCAGCGGACUAUUUAUGGUUUAACAUUAGCGACUGUAUUAUUGCAAGUUUGUAUCAUUUAAAGACAUGAUUAGCAGCUUGCCAGCAAGUCUUAAGCCAAUAAAACGGAACAUAAUGUAUUUACAAACAGACUGAAUAAUAGCACGAAUCUGUAAAUGAGUCGUUGCCUCAAAGCGUGACAGCAACCACACAACUUCUGACUUCAGAAGAGGAGAUCAGAAGUCAUGCCUCUGUCUGACUUCCUGGACGGCCUGAAGGACAACCCCUACUUCGGUGCUGGUUUUGGUUUGGUUGGGGUCGGGACAGCGCUAGCAGUAGCCAGAAAAGGUGCUCAGGUGGGAAUGAUCUUCUUCCGUAGGCACUAUAUGAUCACUCUAGAGGUCCCCAGCAGGGAUAAAAGCUACCACUGGUUGCUGAGCUGGAUCACCAAGCACGCCAGACACACUCAGCACCUCAGCGUGGAGACCUCCUACCUGGCACAUGAGAGUGGACGGAUUCACACGCAGUUUGACUUCCACCCGAGCCCUGGGAACCACAUCAUCUGGUAUGGUAGGAAGUGGAUUAGGGUGGAGCGGACCAGAGAAAAGCAGAUGGUGGAUCUCCACACUGGAACGCCGUGGGAGUCUGUCACUUUCACUGCUUUAGGCAGAGACAGGCAAAUCUUCUUUAAUAUACUACAAGAAGCAAGGGAACUGGCCCUGAAGCAAGAGGAAGGAAGGACGGUGAUGUACACAGCCAUGGGGGCGGAGUGGAGGCCCUUUGGGUUUCCACGGCGCCGAAGACCUCUUAGCUCUGUGGUACUGGAUACCGGCGUUUCUGAAAGGAUCGUGGAUGAUGUGAAGGAAUUCAUUGGAAACCCCAAAUGGUACACAGAUAGAGGUAUUCCCUACAGGAGAGGAUAUCUACUGUAUGGUCCUCCAGGAUGUGGAAAGAGCAGCUUUAUCACUGCGCUGGCAGGUGAGCUAGGUUACAGCAUCUGUCUGAUGAGUCUAAGCGACCGAACGCUUUCAGAUGACCGCCUGAACCACCUCCUCAGUGUGGCGCCGCAGCAAAGCAUCAUUCUGUUGGAGGACGUGGAUGCUGCUUUUGUGAGCCGAGAACUUCUUCCCACAGAAAACCCUCUGGCCUACCAGGGAAUGGGAAGACUGACCUUCAGUGGACUGCUUAACUCACUUGAUGGAGUGGCUUCAUCAGAGGCCAGAAUAGUUUUUAUGACCACCAACUUCAUUGAUAGGUUAGAUCCGGCACUCAUCCGACCCGGCCGUAUUGAUCUGAAACAGUACAUCGGGCACUGCACCCACUUCCAGCUCACCCAGAUGUUCCAGAGGUUCUACCCAGACGAGCCAGCCUCUGAAGGAGAGAAGUUUGCAAAGUGUGCCUUAGCCGCCCACUCUGAGAUCAGUGCUGCUCAGGUGCAAGGACACUUUCUGCUACACAAAAUGGAUCCUGCGGGGUCUAUAGACAAUGUUGCCCAGAUGAAAGGAUGACAGGACUGGAAACGGCUCAAAGACUGGCUACUAAAUAAAGACUAAAUGUGAAAGAACUCAAGUGCUUUAUUGUGCUGGUGAGAUCAAAUGCAAGAUUUACUGAUGUGGAUAAAUUGGUGUGAAGCUACAUUCCAGAAACAAAUGAUGAUGGUGUAUCCCGUUCUGGAGAUGAUCUACUAACAUGUCAGAUCUAGAAGCUCAGAAGCAGUCAGUUCAUUCAGAAGGAAUUACUAGAGCAGUGUAAAUUAGUUUGAGGUAAACAUUUUGUUCAUCAGAUUCUGGUAAUUUGCUUCAUUUACAUGACUUUCAAAUCUGUUUAAUGGAGAGACCCUACAGCAGUGAGGUCAUUAAGUCAAAUAAAGGCCAAUAUUUAGUAUAAAGGAAAACUGGCUAAUUUACCUAACAACCCUCUACGUAGUAACCCACUCUACGUCUGAUUUUCUGUAAAUGGUUGGCACUUUGGAAAUUUAUAGGAAGGCAAAAGAAGAGGCCUGGAAUUUUCUCUUGGGAAUAUUAUACUGUAAUUGGGGACUAUUAUACUGUAUAACAGCUCUGUCAGGGCCAAAUAUCAACAUAAAAACAUGACAGAAGAAAUGUCCAAUUCGUGUGAAUACAAAAAUAGUUUAAGAAGAGAGCCUUCAUUUCAUGAUAACCUACUCCCACUGAUUCUUUCUAAUAAUCACCUCCCUCAUUGUUGCACUGUGAAAGAGCACCUCCCCACCAUGGACCAGUCAUCAGCUUUGGAGAGAGACGAUGAAUUAGCAAUUUGGCUGAAACUAUUUUCUUUCCUUUUUGACUCAGGAUGUUGGAAUCCUUUCUUGUUGGAGAAACUUCUCCAAGGAGAUACUUUGGGACAUUGUCGGAGUCCACAACAUCCCAAAGUUUCUAGCUGUGACUUCUUCCAAAUCCCCAUCCUCUACAGAGACUUUCAUGCUGCUAGAGCUGAUAGAAAUUGAACACUUUGUUCCCUCCUCUUCCUCCUUCCACUGGACAUAAUUUUCCUCCUGGAGCAAUACAUUGUUUUCAUUACGUUCCUAAAUCAUUUACGUCAAUCCAGUCGGAGCGUUCUGGUAUAUUCUGUAGAGUAGUAACAGCUGAUUCAACCACUUUUUCUGUUUUGUAAAAUGACGAAUAAAUCAACAGAAAUGUAACAUUUAACUGUCCGACUUUAACACUCUGAUUAAUAUUUUGGACAGUUAAAUUCAAACAAUCAUAUCUGUUUUUACCCGGUCUAUUAAUGUCAAACAAAAACUGGAAGAGUUUUAAAUCUGCACUUUCCAGAGGAGCUUCCAGCAGCCUCCAACUGACCUAGAUCUUUAGUCAUGAAAACAUGAAACAUGCUGAUUUGAUCACGUUUGCAAUGAUAAAACUCUAAAGGUUAAUAAUCAUUUAAACGUUAGUAAUUGUACAUGCACAGGGUCAAAAUCUCUUCUAGAAAUCUGCAGCCAAAUGUCAAUAUUAUCAAAGGAAGACUUACUGGAAACAUCAAUUUUAACUUUGCUUCUUUCGAUCAGCUUUUAAAUAAAAUUUUUGGCAUCCCAACAACACACUUUUUCUGAUAUUUACAAAUUCUGCAUUUUCUCCAAAGCCACCAGGUGGUUUUCCAGAGGCUCUUCAGAUCUCUGUAAUAGACAACAUUCUUAGCCUGCAGCCUUUUGGAAGAGACCUGGUCUCAAAAUUUACAAUAAGCCUACAGUUUUAAACCAAGCAUCCACACCUAAGAUCAGGGCAGCGUGGAAACAAGAUCUGAACCAGCACCUGUCAGAUGACACUUAGGAUUGAAAUCAGGGACUUGUUAAGUUAACACAUUCUGCUCGCAUCAGGUGAUCCAUAGGGCCCACAUGUCAAAGGUCAAGCUCUCUCAUAUUUUCCCAGACGUGAACCCUCAGUGUUACAAAUAAGUGUUGAAACUACACUGAUUCAUUCAUUCUGGGCCUGCCCCAAGCUUCAAACACAAUGGCAGGAGGUCUUUCAAACUCGGGUGGUCUCUGGGGUAACUAUCGCACCUGAUCUCCUUCUAGCUUUAUUUGGUAUUUUCUCAGAGAACCACAGUGUUUCCUCUGAUGUCCGUUGUAUGUUGUCUUUCGCUCGCCUCUUGGCCUGUUAUUUUGCUCAGACUGAAAGGGUUCUGCCAGCCGACCUACACUCGGUGGGUAUCUGAUGUAGUCUUGUGUGUGCCUGGAAAAGAACCAAGGGAAGGCAUUUUAAAAAGUCUAGUGACAUCUUUCCAAUACCCAUUGAUCCUACUUACGUCCAUCUUUUAUUUAUUUAUUGCUACUUUAGUUUGAGACAAGGAAAGAGGAAUAAACAUAAGGAAAACAUAAAAAAUUUGACUUCCAGCAUUGUUACCAGCGCCACGCCUUGAUUGUGUUGGUUUUUGCCAGGAAUGUUUUGCAGAUCGAGCCAUAGUUCUUUUUUUCUCUCUUUUGGGAUUUUGGAUUGUCAUUGUAAAUAUUUAUGCUCACCAUUUCUUUCUAUUAUAUAAGACUAUGGAAUGUACAAAAUAGCUCUUUAUAUUGUGUGUUCGUUUGAAAAAUCAAUAAAAGAUUGGUGAUUAAGAAAUUUACUGAUGAUCUAUGCAUGUCUGGAAAGAUGUUUUGUCUUUCUCCUCCUCCUCCUGUGA